CCGCUCGCUAUUGCUUCUUUUUUUCCCUAUUCCUCCCCCCACCCCCAGCCUCCUUCUUUCGCGAACUCAACAUAUACACUCGCCAGUUAUUCUCGAUUGCGUGCGCCUCGCGUCGCCCCCAUCGCCAAACCCUCGCAGUUUUUGUCCGAUGCCCUAAACGAUCGAACUUCAUGCUCCGCCAGGCUGUCCGAGGAGCUCGGUGGUAUCAGCAUGUGGCCCGCAGAAGCCCGAGCGCUUUCUCAUCGAUAGCGCCACGCUACAUCCAUUAUGGCGGGCCCAAUGACAAAAUUAACUUCUUUGAAAAAGCAACUAAGGGAAGCAAGCGUAUGAGGAAAAUCGACCCUGAGGCCGAGGACCGCGCCGAACAAGAAGAAGUGGAGGCAGAGCUGUCGAAGCUAAACAAAGAGCUGGAAAUCCUGAAGGAGGGCGCUUUCGGUCCUAAUAGCCAGUUCAUUCGCGAACUCCCGGAGAAGGAGAGAGCCCUUGCCCUCGAAGUCAUACGCCAAUAUGAGAUCGAGAAGGGCCAGUCCAGAGCGAAAAUCAGACUGGAGAAUGUUUUCGACGACGAGCUUGACAACAUGUUGAAGGAGGAAUUUCAGGAUCUGGCCAAUGAGGAGGAGAAUUGGCAUUCGGAUGCCAAUGAUAGAAAAUUACGCAAAAAGGUAAUCCGCAAAUCCUACGAGAUUCCAUCCGAUGAAACACAACAUCGCCCUUAUAUUGAGAAGUUUAAUGAAACUUUGAGAGCUAUCGCUGAAGCUUCAAUGGAUGAGCGAGGGGGGCAACAAGUAUGGAAAUGGUAUCGUCGCUGCAAGCGCAUCGUCCCCGAGUUUUUGAGAUCGUUGCCGGAAGAAGCAUGGACGCUAUUGUGGGAUUCACAGUCUCAGGAAGGCUUACCGGGGCGCCAAGUCGCAACGCACCAUCAAAUCCUUGCUGAAGACGCGAUGUCCAUUGGCUUGCCUCUUUCGACGCGACGGAUACUCUCUUAUAUCCAAGCCCUUUACAUAACGGGGAAAACAGGGAAGGCCUUGGAACAGUGGGAGGCCCACCAGGCAGAUCUCUGUCAGACGAAAGACGACCUGGAAGCCUAUUGGACGUUGGGAGUACAACUUUUCUCCGCGGAAGGCAACCCUCAGCGAGCACAAGAUAUCGCCUUAGCCUUCCUCGCAAACGACGCAUCUCGUCAGCCUCGUAUUCUCAUUCCCGUGAUAACGGCCUGGGCCGAACAGUCUGGGAAGGCGGCAGAGGUUAAGGCUUGGGCGUUGUACCUCCAGCUUAAAGCCUUCAGUGACUACCCGAUGACAAUGGACGACUACGACUCUAUCAGCAUCGGUCUACUCAAAGCUGGCAGGCUGGACCUCGCCAUUGCUGUGUUCAAAGAUAUGAUGGUGACCGGGAAUGAUCCGGCAAACGACUCCGCUGCGCUUUAUAAAGCUGCCCUCGGCCUGGCUGGCAACCUUCAGGCGUCCAGCGUCUCGGAGAAAGAUGUGAACAGAGUGUCACUGGCGACCUUGACCCUUCUGCCUCGACGAUUCCAAAAUCGGUUCUUCUACGCCAGUUGGAUGAAAAAGCUUAUUGGCAUGGGCGAGGUUGACUCUGCUGCACUGGUGGUUGAGUUGAUGUACGAACGAGGCAUAAAUCCGGACCCGAAACACCUCAAUGGUAUCAUUGCCGCUUGGCUGCGGGAUGGUGACGCCGCGUCACGAGAAAAGGCCGAACGUCUAGGAUGGGCGAUGAUUCAGCGACGAAUUGACUCGACUUGGGUACGAAUCGAUGCAGAAGGGGAGGCACCCAAGGUUGAUGUCCAUGAGGACACGGAUCAUAGUCGCAUACCCAAGUUUAUGCAGCGUCCCAUGCCCUGCGCAACUAUUGAGACUUUUUCGAUCCUUCUCCUCCACUACACCCGGAGAAGCGACGACGACAUGGCCAAGUAUUUGAUUCAACGCCUAGCAGAUGCACGCAUCCAGCCCAAUUCCUAUUUCAUGAACCAUCUCCUCUACGCCGAGCUCAGGAAACAAGACAUAGAGGCUCUGUGGAAGAAAUACAAAAUCUUGUCUGCCGCGACCCAACCGGACCUCGAGACAUUUGCCUGCUUGUGGGACUGCGGCAAGCUCCAGUACGACCGUGGGCGAACACCGUUCGUGGCCGGCUUCCCCAGCGCUCGCGGUCUUUUUUCGGAAAUGAUGCGAUGGUUUUCUGGGUUGCCGGCCCGUGGCCAAUCACUCGCGCGGGAAGAAUUCUCCAAGGAGUUUUAUGACCAGAUCAUCCGCUGCUUCUGUCUGUCCAAGGACCUUCCCGGCACGCUCGUUGCUCUCCACGCGAUGCGCGCCACAUUCGGCUUUUUUCCUGACUCUACCACUGCCCGUAUGAUUGUUCUUCAGGUGGCCCGGAUGGCCGGUGUUCCGGCUGACACGCCUAAGCGCCGUCUCCGGCGCCUUUCUAGCACCCCAAGGAGCAAGGAGAAUGUCGCACAUGUACAGACACUGGUCCAAAUUCUCAAUGACCGCAAGAUGGCCGCGCUCGAGGCCCGGGGUCAAAACUUGAAGGGGCUCGAGCCCCAUGAACAAGAGCAAUACCAGUUGGAGAUAAUGGCCGAGUUGCUGCGUGCGGUAAUGAACCGAACCGCCAAAGAUCCAAGUGUCGUCGAGUCUGAAAUCGCGGCGGUGGCGGACGAGAUGGCUGUAUCUGGGAUUGACUUGGGACUGGCAUUAGAGGGCGAUAGCCUACUGCUGUAAACCUGUUCAAGCAGCGUACCUUACGGCUUACAGCAUUGGCAUAUAUGGCGUUUUGGG